GGGUCUGGACUGGGCCCUCCAGGGCGCCCUGAGGCGAAAGUUCGGGUGUAGCGGCGCCUCCUGCCCGCCUGGGGAGGCCCCAGCCCGGGCCCGGGGGGACCCCAGGGCCAGAGCCCCGCGGGCCCAGGCAGGGCUGCCCCGGGAGGGCGAUCAGGCUCUGCCGGGAGCACAGGUCAUCAGGAAGGGGCAGGUCCACGGUCACACCGGGAAGUCUGCCCGAGAUCUCUGGACCAUUAACAAGACCCCUGGGACCUACUCCCAGGCACGUGGCUCUCUGGGGACCCUAUUUUGGGCAUGUUCUCAGAGCUGAAGUUCCCUGUACCCUGGGGCCACGUGGCAGCCAAGGCCUGGGGACCCUCGGAGGGACACCCUGUGCUGUGUUUGCAUGGCUGGCUAGACAACGCCAACACCUUUGACAAGCUCAUUCCACUGCUCCCCAGAGGCUGCUAUUAUGUGGCAAUGGAUUUUUCUGGCCAUGGUUUGUCGUCCCACCGACCUGCCGGCUGCCCCUACCAUUUCCUGGAUUAUGUGACCGAUGUGCGCCGCGUGGCAGAAGCCUUGCAGUGGAGACGGUUCACCCUGAUGGGUCACAGUAUGGGUGGGGCUGUGGCAGGAAUGUUCUGUUUCCUUUAUCCUGAGAUGGUGGACAAGCUGAUCCUGCUGGAAAGUCUUGGCUUUCUGCUAGCUCCAGAGGACACUGAGGCAUGGCUGAAAUCUAAACGGAGGGUGAUUGACAUGUUACUGAAUCUAGAGGCAAAGGAGCAAACUCCUAAAGCACGUAGCCCUGAAGCAGCAUUGCAGAGGCUCUUAGAAGCUAACAGCCAUCUGACAGCAGAGGGUGGAGCAAUCCUGCUGCAGCGAGGAGCAACUGAGACACCCGCUGGGCUGGUAUAUAACAGAGACAUGAGAGCCCGUGUGCAGAGUCGAGAGUCCCUCACAGUGGAUCAGUGUGUGAAGCUCCUGCAGAAGAUCCAGGACCGUGUUCUCAUCAUUGUAUCACAAGAUGGACUUUUGGUACCACACAAGUUACACAGCAGAAAUCACUUUGUGAAAGCCCUGCGGAAGGCAUUUGAGUCUACCCUCAAAGAGCACAUCCAGGUAGUCGAGGUGCCUGGGAGUCAUUUUGUGCACCUGAAUGAGCCUGAGGUGGUGUCUGGGAUCAUCAGCAACUUCCUGACAGUGCAGAACACCAGAGCCAGACUCUAAGAAGCCCCAGUGGCUGCAGCAGUCCAGCAGAACUGGAAGCUAAAAAAGCAGACUCCAGCAGAAUUGUCACCAUUCCUACCUCACAUCCAACUCCUCACAUCACGAUACUCUUUCCUGCGCUUAGCUCACUGCAGAGUGGAAGCAGGUCUGCUGGGGGUUCUCUGAAGGAGAGCUGAGCAAAAUAUCUCAGAUGUCAAAGGGAAAAGGAAUCCUUACUCUACUUCCAGCUCUGUGAGUACAGGGACGGAGGCCCACAGUGGCCUUCCCCUUGGCUUGUUCCAAACUUGCACCCUGAAACAGUGCAGGAAUACAGGCAGAGGCAUCCUCUGUGACAGCAGCAGUACCAGCUUUGACACUGCAAGAGAGUUGGCUCAUCUUGCCUUCUCCCUGAGGAUGGUGUGGCCAGGCUGCUCCCAGGAUUAAACCUGCUGUAAAACAAGGGAAGUGUUCUGCUUCUCCACUUACUUCCAUAGGGGCCUGAGCUCAGAGGGCCUCAGUGUCUUUGUUCUACUGUGAGAGCUGCUUUUUUUUUCAGAAGUCAGCUUAAAUAAGAGCUCACCUGGGCAUAGAAGGUCAUUUUAAUGAAUGUCACUAAUCCUCUAGCUGAAGCAGCUAGAACCACUAAUUAUGGAAAAGUUGGCAGAGGUGAUUUCUGUCCUAAAUAAAGAUUAAUCUCCUAA